AUGGCAUUCAGUGUAACACGCCCAUCCUCUCCUAUUUCUACUCCCGUAGAUGACCAUCUCAGUGCUGCUCUUCACGCCGCCCUCAAUCGCAUACAUGACGAUAUGGUCCACCAAGAUAAAUCACAUCACCCACCACCUGACAAGUCUCGUAUAGACAUAGUCCUCGACUCCGAUGUCCUUACACUGAAAGGCACAACGGUAGACAUCGAGCCUGCCUUGCUUUCAGGACAUGUCGUCCUCACUCUCUCCGAAGCAACAUCUAUCAAAGAAAUCAAUCUCCAAUUUCGUGGAAAAACCCACGUGCCACCGCCUCUUCAUGAUCCAAUCUCCCUUCACUCAUCUGGGCAGACAUACAGCAUUUGCACAUAUGACUGGUCCUUCCUCGAAGGCGAGAAGCGUCACUCUCAUACCCUCAAAGCAGGCAAACACCUUUUCCCAUUCUCACUUGCCCUCGGCGGUUCUCUUCCCUCUUCCCUCUACCUCCCCUCCGCUAUAUCUCAACCAUUCAUCUCAUAUAAACUUCGUGCAACCGCCGUCCGUCCUGGCCUCGCGCACAACCUCCAUGCAUCCCACCCCGUUUCCCUAAUACGCAGUUUCGCAUCAGACUCGCUCGAGUAUCAGCAGACACUUGAAAUCGAGAACACAUGGCCUGAUAAACUAAUGUACACUAUCGUCCUUCCCCAUCGCGCUUGGGCUGCCGGUGAUACUCUCACUGCCCUCUGCAAAUUUAUCCCCCUCGCCAAAGGUGUCCGCGUCAUCAGCGUCAUCACCAACCUUAACGAGACCGUGAAGAUUCCUUCAAGGGGGAGCGAAUAUACCAGAGCUGUUGUGGCUACAAAACAUGAAGUCGUCCAUGGCAAACUUAAGCUUAUCAGCGAAAGUUGGAACGGCAUCAGCCGACCCAUCGGCACAGGUUCCAAAUCCCAUCACCUUGGCGCUGCAGGUGUCGCAUCCCCUGCUCAGGAGGAUGGUUUCCAUCCAUCCGAUCUAUCCCUCCAUCAGGUCCCCAGCAUACCAUCUUCGUCCUCCUCCCACUCCCACUCUCAGCCGAUCGCAAGUUCCUCGUCCACCCCUUCACAUGAUUCCGAUCUCUCCCAUGAUGAACCUCCAGACCCCGCUCUAGAUGAAUUCACUUCAACAGACCUCAUUUCCUUGCUCUCCCUCUCCCUCCCACCAAAUCUCACCCCGUCCCAUUCUUUCGACCCCAUCCACGUCUCACACCGAAUCCGCUGGUCCAUCCUUAUGUCAAACCUCGACGGGCAUACUUCUGAGCUCCGCUGCAGCCUUCCCGUAAGCAUAGUCGAUGGGUGUCUCCUCACAGAAGCUCGCGCCGCUGGGUGUUGGGUCCGUCGUGUCGUCUUGGGUGAUCACGUUCAAGGUGAAGGCGAGAGCGCUGGCACAGGCAUUUUUGGAGAAGGAGAAGGCGAGGAAGGUGAAACGCUCCCCAGUUACACCGCUCACGUUAGGGACCGCGUCGCCAAUGCCUUCCUACCCGCCGGAUCCACCAUGCGAGUUGUCAACCCCUACGUCUCCGCAUCAUCACACAUACCCCUCACACCAGGAAGUGCCACUAACACAUCCUUUCCGCCACGUUCAGGAACGAGUUCGCCACCACAUCCACACGCACCCGCGCACCCGCACCCGCAACCGCACCCGCACACACAUGCACACACACUCCCACACAGCGUACUCGAUUGGGUCAAUUCUGAACUUUUACGUCAUCCACGCUCGCCGCAUUCUGAUCCUACAAGCCAAGUCCCAAGUCGGCUUGUUUCGCGAGCGCCUAGUCCCGAGCGGCGUGCUCAGACUGCGGUAUCUGGUUCAGAAACGCACAGACCU